UCUCAUCAUUUAAAAUAUGACAACAUUUAAUUCGACAUUGGCAUAAUUAAUUAAAUAAAAUGCAAUAUAUAUGAAAAAAAAAUGGGUACUACUCACUCAAGGCGUCAAAUAAAUGGGGAAAUAUCUCCUGUUUCAUCCUCAAAAGAUAGCCCUUAUUUUGAUAAGGUAGGAGGACGAAAAUUAUUUUUUACCAGAUCAAAUAUGUCAGAUGAUGAAAGAACAUCAAAGCAUAAAAAGAAAGAGGAUUCUGAGGGUACCCUGAAUAGAAAAAGAUCAAGCACCAUUAGUGAAGGUAAUAAAGGUGGUUUGGUUGAAAGUCAGACUCCUAGAAAUAUUUAUACGGUGUUUAGAUGGGAUAAAGGAGGAAAAAAUGUUUAUGUAUCUGGUAGUUGGGAUAAUUGGAAAUCAAAAAUUCCACUUGUACAUAGCCAAGGAAAUUUUACAACUAUUCUUCAGAUACCUGAAGGAACACAUCAAUAUAAAUUUUAUGUGGACAGUAAAUGGCUUCAUGAUGAUAAACAAUCGACCAUUAACAAUGACUUGGGAACCCAAAAUAAUGUCAUCGAGGUCAAAAAAACGGAUUUUGAAGUUUUCGACGCAUUAGCCGUAGACAUUGCUUCUUUGCGACAUGAUAAACAUAUCAACUCAACACCACCUCCUAGCCCAAAUUUUUCCUCCACCUUGGAUGCACCCCCGAAUCCGGAUCUGCCAUACCUCGAAGACGCUCACGAACUCCUGCAAUACGGGCAAAGAGUUCCUCCCAGAAUCGCGGCCGCCGGCGGGGCCACCCCUCCAUUCUUGCCCCCUCAGCUCCUUCAAGUACCGCUAAACAGGGACAUACCCUAUAACUUUGAGCCCGCUCUAUUACCGGAACCGGCUACUCGGGCUGUGCUUAAUCAUUUGUACGCCUUAUCCAUCAAGGAUGGUGUUUUGGUGUUAAGUUGCACACAUAGGCAUAAGAAAAAGUACGUAACAACCCUGUUCUACAAGCAAGUAAAAUCCUGAAAUCUAGCUAUUUUUAUGGAAUCAAAUCAAAUUUAUUAACCAGUUACGACUUAUGAAUAAUAUAUUAUUUAUUCUUCUUUUUACCUUAAUUUAAUAAGAUUUUUCUUAAAAUUUCAAAAAAAAAAUUAUUUUUUGAUAUUUGACAAUGGAAAAAUUUUUUUUUUUUCCCCAGAAAUAGUUUAUGACAAAUAAAAUCUAUGUUUUAAAAUCCUCAUAUUUUUUUUAAAAUAAAAAUAUCGUUAAUAAUAUUUUUAUAUAUAUUAUGCAUAAUCGACUACUAUUAGAAAUCUCACAAUAAUGAUAACUCACUUUUUCACUGUCACUUAUAAUAUUAAAUUUUUUUAAAAUAUAUAUGGGAAUAAUUGAUAUAAGGCAAUAUUAUUUACAAUAAGCAUUUUUUUUUAAACUAAAUUUCUUAAUGUUUUUUAAUAAUAAAUUAUUUAACAUACAAAAGACUGAAUUUUUAUUAAAAUAUCAUAUGUAUUUUGAUUUUUAAUAUUAAUUUAAAAUGCCAUCACUGCAUCAAAUAAU